CGCUGCUUCGUUGCUCGGUUUCUAGCUUGGGCGGAGACGAGAUCCGCGAUUUGGCCGUUUCAGCUAACAGGGACCGGCUCCACGGCUAGAGUCACGGGUGGACUGCGGGGACGCCGAGCUGCGCGCGUCGGUGCACCCAGCCACAGCAGCACCCGGCAGGGGAGGUGGGCACCUGGGCCCUUGUCGGCCGUGAAGUCACUCCGCGCUUCCCAGCGCCCAAAUCCUCUGCCAGGCCUUGAUUUUUGGCCGGGAAGGUCAUGGCGUCCCAACCAAAUUCCUCCGCAAAGAAGAAAGAGGAGAAGGGGAGGAACAUCCAGGUGGUGGUAAGAUGCAGACCAUUUAAUUUGGCAGAAAGGAAAGCUAAUGCCCAUUCAAUAGUAGAAUGUGAUCAUGUACGAAAAGAAGUUAGUGUACGGACUGGAGGACUGGCUGACAAGAGCUCAAGGAAGACAUACACUUUUGAUAUGGUUUUUGGAGCAUCAACUAAACAAAUUGAUGUUUACCGAAGUGUUGUUUGUCCAAUUCUGGAUGAAGUUAUUAUGGGCUAUAAUUGCACUAUCUUCGCAUAUGGCCAAACUGGCACUGGAAAAACCUUUACAAUGGAAGGUGAAAGGUCACCUAAUGAGGAGUAUACCUGGGAAGAGGAUCCUUUGGCUGGUAUUAUUCCACGUACCCUUCAUCAAAUAUUUGAGAAACUUAGUGAUAAUGGUACUGAAUUUUCAGUCAAAGUGUCUCUGUUGGAAAUCUAUAACGAAGAACUUUUUGAUCUUCUUAAUCCAUCUUCUGAUGUUUCUGAGAGGUUGCAGAUGUUUGAUGAUCCCCGAAACAAGAGGGGAGUGAUAAUCAAAGGUUUAGAAGAAAUUACAGUACACAACAAAGAUGAAGUCUAUCAAAUUUUGGAGAAGGGGGCAGCAAAAAGGAAAACUGCAGCCACUUUGAUGAAUGCAUAUUCUAGUCGAUCUCACUCAGUUUUCUCCGUUACAAUACAUAUGAAAGAAACUACAAUUGAUGGAGAAGAGCUUGUUAAAAUUGGAAAGUUGAACCUGGUUGAUCUUGCAGGAAGUGAAAACAUUGGCCGUUCUGGAGCUGUUGAUAAGAGAGCUCGAGAAGCUGGAAAUAUCAAUCAAUCCCUGUUGACUUUGGGAAGGGUUAUUACCGCACUUGUAGAAAGAACACCCCAUGUUCCUUACCGAGAAUCUAAACUAACUAGAAUCCUCCAGGAUUCUCUUGGGGGACGCACAAGAACAUCUAUAAUUGCAACAAUUUCUCCUGCGUCUCUCAAUCUUGAGGAAACUCUGAGUACCUUGGAAUAUGCUCACAGAGCAAAGAACAUAAUGAAUAAGCCGGAAGUUAAUCAGAAACUCACCAAAAAAGCUCUUAUUAAGGAAUAUACGGAAGAAAUAGAGCGCCUAAAGAGAGAUCUUGCUGCAGCCCGUGAGAAAAAUGGAGUGUACAUUUCUGAAGAAAAUUUUAGAACCAUGAAUGGAAAAUUAACUGUUCAAGAAGAACAGAUUGUAGAACUGAUUGAAAAAAUUGGUGCCGUUGAGGAGGAACUAAGUAGGGUUACAGAGUUGUUUAUGACUAAUAAAAAUGAACUUGACCAGUGUAAAUAUGACCUGCAAAAUAAGACACAGGAACUUGAAAGCACUCAAAAACAUUUGCAAGAAACUAAAUUACAACUUGUUAAAGAAGAAUACAUCACAGCAGUUUUGGAAAGUACUGAAGAGAAACUUCAUGAUGCUGCUAGCAAGCUGCUUAGCACAGUUGAAGAAACUACAAAAGAUGUAUCUGGUCUCCAUUCCAAACUGGAUCGGAAGAAGGCAGUUGAUCAACACAAUGCAGAAGCUCAGAAUAUUUUUGGCAAAAACUUAAAUAGUCUGUUUAGUAAUAUGGAAGAAUUAAUUAAGGAUGGCAGCUCAAAACAAAAGGCCAUACUAGAAGUUCACAAGACCUUGUUUGAUAAGCUACUGUCUUCCAGUGUCUCUGCAUUAGACAGCAUUACCACAGUGGCACUUGGAUCUCUCAGGUCUAUUCCAGAAAAUGUGUCUACUCAUGUUUCUCAGAUUCUGAAGAUGAUAUUAAAAGAGCAAUCAUUAGCAGCAGAAAGUAAAUCUGUGCAACAAGAAUUGAUUAAUGUACUUAAGACUGACCUUCUGAGUUCUCUGGAAAUGAUUUUAUCCUCCACUGUGGUGUCUAUAUUGAAAAUCAAUAGUCAGCUAAAGCAUAUUUUUAAGACCUCGUUGACUGUGGCUGAUAAGAUAGAAGAUCAGAAAAAGGAAUUGGAUGGCUUCCUCAGUAUACUUUGUAAUAAUCUACACGAACUACAGGAAAAUACAAUUUCUUCCUUGGCAGAAUCACAGAAACAAUAUGGAAUGUAUGCUGAAGACCUAAAGACAAUAAAGCAAACCCAUUCACAGGAACUUGGCCAAUUAAUAAAUCUGUGGAGAGAGAGAUUCUGUGCUUUGGAAGAAAAGUUUGAAAACAUCCAGAAACCACUUAGUGGUGUCCAAGAAAAUAUACAGCAGAAAUCCAAUGAUAUAAUCAACAAAACAACUUUUCAAAGUAAAAAAUUUUGUGCUGAUUCAGAUGGCUUGUCACAGGAACUCAGACAUUUUAACCAAGAAGGUACACAAUUGGUUGAAGAGUCUGUGAAACAAUAUAAUAAACUGAGUACCAACCUGGAAAAAAUAUCUCAAGAGACCAAUCAGAGAUGUGAGUCUCUGAAUACAAGCACAAUUUGUUUUUCUGAACGUUGCGCAUCUUGCUUAAAUAAAAGGGAACAAGAACUUCAGAACUUAUUGGAGGUUGUAAACCAGCGUUGUGAGGCUUCACAUUUGGAGAUCACUGAAAAAUUAAGUGAACAUAAAGCAACUAAUGAGAACCAGCAUGACAUUUUUCUUGAUCAGAUAACUAUUGAUGAAGAAAGAUUGAUAGCACAAAAUCUAGAGCUUAAUGAAACUGUAAAAAUUGGUUUGACUAAGCUUAAUUGCUUUCUGCAACAGGAUCUGAAACUGGAUAUUUCAACAGGUACAACACCAGAGAGGAAAAAUUACUUAUACCCAUCAACAUUGGUGAGAACGGAACCACGUGAACAUCUUCUUGAUCAGUUGAAAAGGAAACAGCCAGAACUGUUAAUGAUGCUAAACUGUUCAGGAAACAACAAAGAAGAGACCAAUCAGGAGAUGGAUGUAGAAAAGGUGGUUCUGGGGCAGUGCACUGAAGAACCUCUAAGUCAAGAGUCAUCUGUAGAAGCUGGUAUGGAUUAUUCAUCAAGUGGUGGAGUUCCAUUUUUUCAGCAUAAAAAAUCACAUGGAAAAGACAAAGAAAACAGAGGCAUUAACCCAGUGGAGAGGUCUAAAGUGGAAGAAACUACAGAGCGCUCUGUCACAAACAGCAGAUUACCUCUACGAGCCCAGACAAAUCUUUAUUAAAUUGAGGGCCAGAAAUUUAUUUUUAAGGAAAAUUGCAAAUUUCCUGGAAACCCCAGAACUUGAGCCUGUGUAUAGACUGUAAAACAGUGGUUCUCAAUCUUCCUAAUGCCGCAGCCCUUUAAUACAGUUACUGUGGGUCACGACCCACAGGUUGAGAACCGCUGCUCUAAAAGGACAGAUUUUAUCAAGACAAUAUACCGUAAAUGUGAUUAAAUUUAAUAUCUACCCAUUUUUCUGUCAACCUAAAGUUCAUUUGUAUUGUAUAUUAAGUUGGGUUUUGGAAUUUGGACUUGGCACUUAAUAAAUAUGUAUUUCUAGCUUUGCAUGUGAAGUAGCUCUUUUAUAACAAAUGAAAACUUUUUGUGUGUAUUACUAAAUAGGGAGGCCAGGCGUGGUGGCUCACAUCUAUAAUCUUAGCAUUCUGGGAGGCUGAGGUGGGAGAAUCCUUUGAGCUCAGGAGUUUGAGACCUGAGCAAGAGCAAGACCCCUGUCUCUACUAAAAAUAGAAAAAUUAGCUGGGUAUUGUGGCAGAUGUCUGUAGUCCCAGCUAUUCAAGAGGCUGAGGCAGGAAGAUUGCUUGAACCUCAGGAGUUUGAGGUUGCUCUGAGCUAGGCUGAGGCCCUGGCACUUUAGCCUGAGCAACAGAGCAAGACUCUGUCUCAAAACAAACAAAACCAAAUCUGUAUUUGCAAGUGAAUAAUAACAUAAAAACAUACAGAGCAAAAAUUAACAGGACUAAGGACAGAAAAGGCUAGAACAGACUAAGAAAAGUUUGGUGCCUCUUAUUUUACUAAUGAUGUUUUCCCGAAAGAUCCUCGCUUCUCUCAACUGAAGCUUUAAAAUUGAAUUUGGUUUUGUAGAUGCCCAUUAUCUGUUAUACAAAGUUCAAUGGGUGGGAGCUCAGCUUUCUCAUAACAUAAAAUUUUGGCUAAUAAUAUAUAGGGAAGAAGAGACAUCCUCUUUAAGUAGUAAUGAUUAAAGUGAUGAAGUCAUAUAACUUUCAAUAUUGGGCAGAGUUUUCCAUGACAUAAAUGGAAAAAUAAGUAGUUAUAAAGCCACCUAAAACUGCAUUAUUUACAAAAACUUUAUCUCAACAUUUGAAUGUUUCAUCACUGGCAAGUUUACCUUCAGUAUCUCUAAUUUUAUUUGUGAUUCCUCUUUGACCCAUUGGUUAUUCAGAGGUGUGUUGUUUAAUUCCAAAUAUUUGGGGACUUUCCAACCAUUUAUUAUUGAUUUCUAGUUUAAUUGUAUUGUGGCCAAAUAACAUACUUGUAUGAAUUCAAUUCUUUAAAAUUUGUGGAGCUUUCUUUUUUAAUGACCCAGAAUGUAAACCAUAUUGUUUGAAUGUUUCGUGUACUUGAGAAAGAAUGUGUCUCCCAUUGCUGGUAUAUUGUCUAUAAACGUCCAUUCAGUCAAGUUGGUUGAUUGGGUUUUCAAGUAUUCUGUAUCCUUACUGACUUUCUAUCUAGUUCUAUUAUUUAAAAUGUUGGAAACAAAUGUGGAUUUGUUUAUUUCUCCUUUCAGUCCCUUGAGUUUCUAGCCCUUCUGUUGUUAGGUGCAUCCAUAUUUACAAUCGUCAUAUUUAGUGAAUCGAUAUCUUUAUCAUUAUGCAGUGUUGUUCCUUUUUAUCCUUGGUGAAUAGUCCCGAUCCUAAGAGUCAGCUUUGAUAUCAACAUAGAGACACCAGCUUCCUUUUCUUUUUUUGAGGGUCGGAUCUUUCUAUGUUGCCUAGGCUGGAGGUCAGUGGCUGUUCACAGGUGCAGUCACAGUGCACUGGAGCCUCCAACUCCUAGGCUCAAGCGAUAUUCCUGCCUCUGCCUUCCAAGGAAAGACCACAGGAGCACCUCUGCACACAGCUCCUGCUUUCUUUUGAUCAGUGUUGAAGCGCUUUCUCAGUGAUCUUUGUCUCCUUCUAGUAGCCAAACUCUGCAUGUUUCUUUAGUUGUUUGCAGGGUAGAGUUUCUAGACUCUCUCCUAGGAGUAGAAGUUUUUAGUUUUUAUCUUUAUCACAGUCAUGAUGGUCUUCACCUGUUUCUGGGAGCCCCAAGUUUUGCUGCCCUUCCCCCCAAGGCUUUUGUGUGUAAGAAAAAAAGGUCCUGGGCAGAGCUUCAAACCUUUCCCCUAGUGAUGGCAGCUUCUCUUAUCUCAGUCUGCGCCAUUGAUGACAGUUUCUCCAUUCUCCCACCCUGCCUCUAAUCUUCCUUGGGCACCCGGUAAAGUCUGUGGAGAAAAGCCUGCUAGCGGGUGCAAUCUCCAACUGCAUCUGCAGCUCCCAGGGAAUCUAUACUUCAUGCUAUAAUAGAUCACACGGAUCCUUUGGCAACUGGUUUAAAAUCUCAGUGGAAUUCUUACCCUUGCUUGGUAACCUCUCUCCCCAAGCUCUGACAUGUCAGCCGCUGAUCAGUCUGUUCCUCUGUGGAAGGGCUUAUCUUUCCUUAAAGUACAUGGCUAUUCUGAGACUUUAGCUCUUCAUGGGUUCAAGAAAAGUUAUGACUUUUUUCUUGUUAGGGUAAAAACAAGGCUCUUUUCAGCUUUCUACAUCCCAUGUGGGAGUGAAAUCAGCCUGUCAUUAACAUUUUCUACCUUGUUAGACAGAUGGUGGAACUACUUUGAAGAGAGAUUCUUUUCAAAUGUGUAUCUAUUUUGUUCCUAUUUGACUUUUCUUAAACAAAAAUUGUUAUUUGAAUAUUUAUCAUAUCUUCUAGCCCUUUGCCGGCCAAAAAUCUUAAUCUUUAUGGUCGCUUUCCACGUUUUCAAAGUAUGCUUCACCAAUGUGUACUUGAAAGGACCUAUGAAAAUAAGUAUUUGCUUUGAUAUCCUGCUAGGUCUAACCUAACCUUUAUUCAAAAGCUUUUGAUUUGAAGGCAACUUAAAACUUUGCUGUUACAUUUUAACUAAUAAAGCAAGUGGCUUUGACUCAGCAGGAGCAUCAGUGGUAGCUCUCAAUUUUCCUCUCAAGAGAAAGAGAAGAGAAACUGGGAGAAUCAUUUUAUAAAUAUUCUAUUUAAAAUAUUUUACAUGGCUGUUAUUCUUUCAAUGAAUUAAGAAUUAGCUGGUUGUAUAACUUGAAAUUAGGAUAGUAAUAAUAGAAUCAAACUAUGCUUUUAGAAUCGCUCUUCCUUUUUAUCAAUGGGACUAGACCAUGAACUGAAAAAAACUAAUAAUCUUUUCUAUAAAGACAUUAAGGGGGCCUAUUUCAUACCCUUUGUAUAGAAAUGUUAUCUAUGACUUAUUUUUUAAAAAGUAUUGGAUAAUUGAAAUAUUUUGAUAAGUGGAGUUUGAAAUAACUUGUAUAAUUUUUAAUUAUGCCUUUUCAAAUAAAAAAUGGUAGAAAUCAAAUUUGACAUGCAGUAAAUGAUUAAUGAUUUGACAUAUACUGUAUAUAUGUGUAUAUUUACAUGCCUGAUUAUAAUAGGCAGCAUAC